AUGGCGGUGCUCGCUGGCCCACUGGCCGCGGUUCGGGAGGGCGCACGGAGGCUGGCCGAGGCGGCCGGGGCAGGGCGGGCGGGCGUGCCAGGUGGGCCCGGCAGGUCGGGGCGCUGGAAUGUGCUCCAAGAUACUCUCCGCAACAGCAUCGAGCUCUCUGGAGGAGUGGACGGCCCAAACGAAGAAAAUAUCUAA